AUGCCUACUCUACUCUACGUUCCUUCCACUCUUCUCUCGGACUCCAGUUCAGAGACAAUAACUUCCAUUAUUGUUGGUGGGCAUCCUCCAGACCCAAUCGACGUGGGCAGCGACAUUCAAGUCAACCACUGGGUCAUCUACCUCCAACUUGCAAGCGGAGGAUCCAUACGCCUCGAUAUGGUACCAAAUGUCACUCCAGGUGAACGAGGAACCUUGUUCGUCAGUGCAAUCGAAUAUGAACCGUCAAUCGAUUUUAAGAUGCUAGAGUGCAGAUACUGGGUCUACACUGUCAUGAGAGACCUGCAGUAUUCCGGCUGGAUUGAGGGUGUUGAAUUGGAAUUAUAUGAUGUGGUUAGCUCAACUUGGAUGAGCGGAGGAGUAAAGGCAUCAAAGACGCCAGUUUGGACCGAAGGAACUUUUGGAUCAUGA